CACAGGGUGUCGAUUCAUCGUCGACGCGGGUCGAAGAUUAACGAAGCUUGAUACAGCAGUGAGGAUACCUGCGAGUAGAUUGGCAGUGGAACGUGGCAAUUGCUCGGGGCUGUUAGACGGCAAGAGUUGGUGUGUUGGUGCUUCUUUAUUUCCCGGAAGAAAGGAAACAGAUCGACUCGACAUGGGCUGCGAAAUUGGCAAAUUGGCGACACCCAAUCAACCCACCACGGACCCAAGGCUUCCGCUCACGGCGAAGCAGAAGUUUACGGUUAUGGCCAGCUGGAAGGCUGUUUCCAGGAAACUAGAGACGACUGGUGUCUUCAUGCUCAUGAGGCUGUUCGAAGAAAAUGAGGAAUUGGUGCAGAUGUUCUCGCGAUUUCUGGACUUGAAGUCGAAAGAGGAACGUUUCGACAUGGUAGAAUUGGGGAAACAUGCGGAAAAAGUAAUGGCUGCCCUAGACGAAAGUAUCAGAGGGCUUGACAACAUGGAUGACUUCCUGUCCUGCCUUCACCAAGUCGGAGCCACACACACGAAGAUUCCUGACUUUAAUCCACAGUAUUUUUGGAAAAUUGAGCGACCGUUCUUAGAAGCCGUGAAGCGAACUUUAGAAGACCGAUACUCGGAGAACGUGGAGAUAACCUACAAAAUGACGAUCAAGUUCAUCAUCGAAACACUGAUCGAGGGCUUCAACAAGGCUCAGAACGACAAAGCACAGAGCGGCACUGCUAAAUCCUAGUCGUCUUAGCCGUGAAGGAACCAAAACAGAUUUACCGAUGAUCGCUUUGUCUAUACAGGACUAAGCCAUCGAAACGGGAAACGAACGAUACCAGACGAACGAACGAAUCAAUCGAUCCACCAUAAUCGUUUGUUUAUUCCACGGUAUCCUCGACUCAAGCCGGGUUAACCGGUCUACGAUGUGAUCGCCAUCUAUCGAACAUUCGACGAAGCAUGGGAUAAAUCACGCGACGUCGAGCAGCGUUCUUUUUUACCGUGGCACGAACAGUGCCCCAUGGUUGGUUAGGUUCGAAAUCUCUUUCCUUCGAGCGGGUCUCGGUCAUGGGAAGUAAUUCGCAAGAAAUAAUAGCCGUGGUUAUAGUGUCGCACUCACCAUCGUCUCAUAUCACGACGAGCGGCGAAACGAACCGUGGACUCUCUUGACGGCCAAAGAAAACUGGUAAUGCGUUCUCAUUUAACAUUUAUCAACUUCCAGUUCACGGAAAAAGCUUCUUUGUGUGAUUAUUUCUAUCGUCGAACACGAUCCCAUCGUUCCUUCGGGAUAAUUCAUAUACCUUGAACACCGGCGGCAGCAUCGAGAGGUGAUGAAAAGGAGCAAAGUUAACAGAAAUAGCGUUACACUUGCCAUUCGCUUCAGCGCACUAUCGAUUAUGGAAUUUGAACGAUGUAAAUAUGGUACACGCGUAUCGCGGAUUAUCGCAAACA